AUGAAGUCCAUGGUGCUCCUGUUUGCGUUGGUGGCUGCUUCAUGCCACGCUACGUCAACGGAUCGAGAUGAUAUCGCUGGUUCUAAGGAUUCAUCGUUGGCCUCGUUUCUGCAACCGAUAGAAGCAAGAGUUCGCAACGAUCAAAUCGUACCGGAGAGAAGAUCCCGAGAGCUAAGCUAUCUCGGUACUGGAUACAACUACAACCCGUACGCAACACAGUACAAUCCCUACAGCUUCCAGCAUAACCAGUACAAUCCCUACAAUCCGUACGCCAGCAGUUUGAACGGUUAUGGCGGUGUUGGAACGAUUGGAGGUGUGGGAGGAAUUGGGCUCGGUGGUGCUGGAGGAUUUGUGGGAGGCGGUUUUGGGGGCUACGGAUAUCCAGGAGCCCACGCUGGAUACGGAGUUGGCCAGAGCGGCGUCUAUCCGUACAGUAAUGGCUGGAGUGCGAUUCAGACCCCCUACGGAUAUGGCAAUCAGCUUGGAGGAUACAAUCGAGGACUUUACAUUUGA